UUUUUUUUACAAACAGAUGGCGUGUUAAAGGAAGGAGAUUCAAGAAGUUAUGCCACCGCACACCACCAGAACAAUUUCAAGUCCAGCGUUCUGCCUGUUGUGGCUAAUCCAGCAUGCAGUGGAAUCACUUGUGCUCUCAGCUCCAGAGGUGGUAAAAGCAACAAGCAGAAGCUCUGUAACAGUGUCUUGUCAGUAUGACCUUAAGUUCAAAGAAAACACGAAAUACUGGUGCAAAGGAAAGAUAUAUGAGUUUUGUAACAUAGUGGUGAAGACACCGAAGAACCGUUCUAAUGACAGAAGCUUCAUUGUUGAUGAUAAGGAAGCAGGAGUCUUCACUGUGACAAUGAAAUCUCUCAGACAAAGUGAUGAAGACCAGUACUGGUGUGUCAUCGCUACAUCUGGAAGAAAUAUCUUCACUGGUGUUAAGCUCUUCAUCUCCCAAGCAGUGACAACCCCAACCAACAGCACUCCAAUACAAGAUGAAAUAAGUUCGUGGGUGACUCUACGUUGGAUCCUCUUUAUUUUAAUGCUGUGUUGUUUGGCAUCAACGCAUGUCGCUGUGUGGCGGAUAAAGACUCCAAUGAUAAUAUAACUAUGACAACAAUUUCACCCUCAGAACUAAAACUAAACUUCAUAAAUUAAAGGCUGACAAUAUCAUGAUUUUUUUAAAAAUGGUAAAUUGGUAUAAACACAGUCCUACUCAGACUAUUCUUCCAAUGGUUGUUCCUUCACUGAA